UAUUUCGCCGGCGCAGUAACAACAACACGAUGGCCCCGGCAGUGCUGGACGUGGGCAGCGCGAUGGCGUGGAUCGAGCGCGAGACGAGCGAGGCGCCGACGCCGGACGCGGCUGACAACCUCUGCUUGUACCUCCGCGACGGCCGCGUGCUCUGCCUCCUCGCCAACGCGCUCGCCAACACGUCUGUCAUCAAGGUCCGGCCGCUGGAGAAGCACCGCACGUUCCACGCACUCGAGAGCAUCUCGCUCUUCCUGCGCUGGGCGCGCGACGACGCCCGCGUCAACGAGCUCUUCACGUCGGCGCAGCUUCUCGACGAGAAGGAUGACGCCGCGGUCCUCAAGACGCUCAGCGUCCUGUACCACAAGUACCGCAACGGCGCCGAAAUCCCCAUCCCGUCGCCGCGCGCGCGCCGUGAGCCCGAGAAGGCGGCCAGCCGCGUCUCGAAGCUCACGUCUAUGUUUGGCAAGAAGACGUCCACGGACGACGAAGAUCGCAAGUCGUCGCUGAGCGGCGGUGCCAAGCGCGGGAGCCGCCUCUCGUCGUUUCUGAGUGCCAUUUCGCACAAGACACCUGUCAAGGACGUGCGGACGUCUGUGGUCUCGGACCCGUCCCCGGCGCAAACGCCGCUGGACGACAACCGCCCAAGCACGACGCCCGAGAGCAGCGCCAGCGCUACACCGACCGUGGUCUCGCCGCCGGUCGCCGAGACGACGGUCGCGCCGGUGCUUGAAGCGCCCAAGCCCACGAACCGCCUCUCGUCUUUUCUGAGCCAGACGCCACCGCCGGCGCCUCAUGACAUCACGCCGGUGCGUGCGCCGCAGGAGCCGGUCGAGGAAGCGAUCGCCAUGUCGGGGUUCACAGAGAAGGUCCAGCUCCGCUCGACGACGUCGCCCAAGCCUGAGCCGGAGGCUCUCGAACCCGUCUCGCCUUUUCACCGCAAGCUGCGCACGACGGGAAAGCUCGCUGCGUACCUCACAGCGACGCAUGGCCCCGCGCCGACGACCGAGGCGGCGAUUGAGGCAGUGGCCGAGACGCCUGCGCCAGUCGACGAGCUGACGCUGGCCGUGGUCGACGCGCCGAUUGAGAUUCCCGUGGAGGCGCCCGUGCUGGCAGCUCCUGCCCCUGUCUCGACCAACAAGUUGGCGGCCUUCCUCUCGAGCGGUCCCGCGCCUGUGAGCAAGGUACCGAGCUUCACGCAAGCUGUGUCGUCUGCCAAGGAAGACGUCCCCGAGAUUGCUCGCUCGAUUCCGUCGCCCGCCGUCGAAGCCCCGACGGCGCCGGUCGCCGAGGCCACCGUUGCCGCCUUCGAGGUUGCCGUUGCGCCCGUUGUCGAGGUCGUCGCCGCACCCGCUGUGGAAGAGGUGGCUGCCCCCGCUGUGGAAGAAGUGCCGGUGCCCGCUGUGGAAGAAGUCUCGACCCCGGUCGCGUCGGCUCCAGUCGUUGCGGAAGCUGUUGCCAAGUCUGUGGUCGACGUCGUGGCAGCACCAGUCGUUGCCGCCCUCACAUCGGUCGACCAAGCUGUCGCCGCGCCCCAGACCAUCGGAACGGUCGACGAAGCACCGAUGCUUUCGCAACACGUCGAAAUUGCUGCCGACGCCGUCGACGUUGAAACGGAGACCGCAGCGCCGGCCGUUGCGGCGCCUGCCGUCGUCAUUGCCGACGUCGUCGCGGCGGUGGAGGACGUCAAGGCGGCGAUCGACGACACCACCGAGCCCGAACCUAUGGUGACCCGUGAUGCGCCCAUCGUGGUCGAGCCCGAAGCUGUGGCGCCGUCGUCCAGUGCGUCGCGAUUGACGGCUUUCCUCUCGAAGGCCCCGACGCCCAACAAGCUCGCUGCGUUCUUGCACAAGGAGCCUGUGCCCGCCCCCGUGACGGACGUGCCGACGGUGGUCGAAACUCCGGUUGUCACGGUUGCCGAAGUCGUCGUUGCGCAGGUCGUUGAAGACGUUCCCGCCGUCGCCGAGGUGCCUGCAGUCGCUGCUCCCAUCGAGCCCGUGACCCCCAUGGUCGAAGAACUUCACAAGGUCGAUGACGUUGUGGCCAAAGCCAUCGACGCCGUGCCCGCCCAAGUCGACGCCCCCGAAGUUGUUCAAGUCGUCGCCGCGGUCGUCGACGUCGUAGCUCCGGUGCCAGAAUCUGCUCCGGUGGUCCAUAGUGCCGAGACCCCCGUCGCCCCGGUCGUCACCAAGACGACGGUGCCGGUGGCUGAAAUCCCCGAAAACCAGGUCGUUGUUGAAGAGGCCCCGGUCGUCGCCGCGGUUGUGACCCCGGUGGCCGUCGAAGCGGCCCCGGUCACUGUCGAAGCGACGUCUGUCGUUGCUAAAGAAGCGCCGGCGGUCAUCGAGACAACCCCGGUGGCAGUCGAAGAAGCCCCGGUGGCAGUCGAAGAAGCCUCGGUGCUCGUUGAAGUGACGCCGGUCGUCGCCGAACCCAAGCCUCGUUCCAACAAGCUCGCUGCUUUUCUUUCCAAGGCCCCGACGCCGAGCAAGAUCGGCGCGUUUUUGCACAAGUCGGAGCCCGCUCCGUCAGUCGUGCCCCGCUCGGCGCCCAUUGUCGUGAGUGCCCCCGAGCCGACGCCCAGUGUCGAGGAGGUCACGCCCGAGCCCACCGUCGUUGUCGAUGUGCCCGCAGUCGUUGCGACGCCCGAGCCGGUUGUCGCCGUUGCCCCUAUUGUGGAGGCUCCGGUGGCGGUCGAAGAGGCCGUGGUCGUUAUCGAAGCGCCUGUCGUUAUUGAAGCGCCUGUCGUUGUCGAAGCGCCGGUCGUCGUUUCUGUUGUGGAAGAGGUCGUCGAGGCGGCCGUUGAGCCCAUCGUCGCCUCUGUCGUCGUGCCACCGGUCGCUGUCGAGCGCACUGUCUCGGCCGAAGCAACGCACCCGGAAGCGAACGCCCCCGAAGUCGUCGAGUCGAAUACGCUGCCCGAGGCACCCGAGGUCGAAACCAACGUCGAGCAGCCCGAACUGUCGUCCGAGCCCGAAGCCGAGCCGGUCGUCGACGAGCCGCACGCGCCCGAAUCGUGUGUCGAGCUCGACUUGGCGGCGCAGGUCGCGGCGCUGACGGCGCAGCUGUCGGCGCUCCAGGCCGCGAACGAAAGCCUCGCCAAGGACCUCGCGCUUGCGGUCGAAAACGAAGCCGCGGCCCGGUACUCGGCGCAGGUCGCGUUUGCCGCCCGUGACGCGGCGCUGGACGGCCCGACGUUCGAGCGCCUCGAGGCGCCGGUGCCUGCCCUCUUGGACAACCGCAGCACGCUGACGCUCACGUCGCUCACCGAGUACUCGUUUCAGUACGACGCGACCCACGCCAAGCUCGUGCUGCUGCACAGCACACACCAAGUGCUUCCGACGUGGUCACUCGCGCGACUCAACGGUGUCGACGUGCCGCAUGCGUCGCUGGACGCGUGCCGGAGCCUCGUCAGCAGCCUCGCCGCGCCGUACGUGUGCGAGUUUCUUGCGUAAAGUGGUUUAGGUUUAGGAAGUAGGUUAUAUCAAAACAUAGCAUAUACACAAUAUUGCCAUGUUGUUGUUAG